AUGCCAAUAAAAGCCGCGUUUGCACCCAGAAACAUCCCCUUUUGCAUUGUUAAUGAAGCUGCAUUGAACUACAACAAUGUUCCCCGUGUCCUCAAUUUCCUUGAAAUUUGUGUUCCCGAACACAACCUUUCCGCUGCAGCAUCCCAGAUUGCUUCAUAUACCGACAUCUUUCGACGGUUUCCGUGGCCGGAAGAAGCUCAUCGCAACCUCUAUACAGACUACAAAAAGCUUUAUCCCCGGUUCCAGGCCUUCAUUGAAGGGCGCAACCUCGGGGUGAUAGUGUUCCCAGAUACAUUUUACCACCUCGACCCGCUUCAAGACAAUAUUGUUCAGAUCGAGGCGUAUUCUGCAGGCCGGAUCAGGUUCAGCCGGGCAGUUUGA